AUGUCGCUGGUGCAAAAGCGCCCUGGCUCUGUCGCGCUGUGGCUUGCUGUGGUCCUGACUUUAUGGCAUUUCCAGGCCUUCGUGUUGGCUCCUCCACGGCGUGAGACAACGGUGGCGAGACCAGCUCAAGGAGAGGCAGAUGGGCCUGUUGGUGACUGGGUGGAGUGCGAGAUCUCGUAUACGCCCACCAUCUCCAUGCACAGCUCGGUCCAAGAGCCGCGCCGCAGUGACAUCUACGUCUUCCACAAGCGCCAGCUACAGGAGGACUUCGGCCACCUCUAUGCGAAGCUGGGUUUCACCGUGCAGGAAGGCGUGAUGUACAAGGAUAUCAAAACCGUCUGCCGGGAGCCAGAGAACCUGAAUGGCGACUGCAGCGAUUGCUUUAAGUUUAUGUUUGGAGGGGCCAUCGGCUUCGUGGGCACGACGAGCCCGAAGUUUUACAACCGCCAAGAGGUCAGCGUGCAGGAGUGCAUCGGCGACACGAUGCAGCUCUUCGAUGAGUCUGCCGCGCUCCCCUACGACAA